AUGGAUAGGAUUUUAGAAGUGAAGAAUUUCCAAGUUUUAAAUGAUUUUUGUCGUAUCCUAAACAAAUUAGACCCUUAUUAUUUAUUAUACAAUUCUGAAAUUUAUUCAAGAAAUGAAGUCUUUAAUUAUCUUUUUAAGAAUUCUGACUUUAGUUUACUGACAGAUUUAUUUGCUGGAGCUUUCAAAUUGCUAAAGGAUCUGCCUAUUAAUUCUAUCUUUAACAAUUGAAAUAUCAAAAUACUUAGCUUUGUGUCACAACUUGGCAUGCUAGAACCGGAAAUGGCUGAUUCUGUUAUAUCUAACUAUGCUUUUAUGAAGGAAACUGAUGGAUGAUUCAUGCUGAUUAUUUCUUCAAAAUGUACUGAUUUUAACCUGACUCCCCCUCUUUAAAUUGGAGCAAAAAAUAUAGGUAAAAUUUCUAUUUUUUUGGGGAGUUAACCCCCUUUUAAAUUGGAACAAAAUUCAAUUUAUAAUAUAAAAAUUUUAUAGGCAAAAAUCAUAAUUUAUAUGUAAAUAUCUUGAUAUCCAAUUUAAUAUGCAGAAUCAAAAAUUAAAACACACUCUUUAAAAUUUUAUAUAAUUUUUCUAUAUAAUUUUUAUAUUGAUUUUUUUUUUUUUAUAAAAAAUUUUCUUAACCCCUCUUUAAAUUGGAACAAAAUUUUUUGUUCUAAUUUAAAAGGGAGUGAGAAAAAACAUAAUUAAUAAAAUUUUCGACAAGAUCAAUGAGAAAUCGGCUUAUUUUUUACUUCCUUUGGCUAUCAAUAGAUACUGAUAUCAUCCAAAAACAGAAGAAAUUGAUAAUUAUAUUAUUGAUAAAUUGGAAAAAAUUGUUCCACUUAAUGGAAUACGUGGUGUCUGAACUAUGGCAGAGGUAAUUAGCAAUCUUUCCAAUUUGAAUAUUAAUGAUCAUAUAGAGUUAUAUAAUGCAAUAGCAUCCCUAUUGCAAAAAUCAGUUUCAAAAAAUGUUGGAAACUUAUUAUUUCAAGAUUUGGAUAAAUUGCUAAAUUUAGCUCAUGAUAAUAUGCCCGUGGGUCUUAAUUUUGCUCAAAUAAUCUGUGAAAGCCAAAGGAACGAUAAAUUAUUUAAUAAAGAGCACAAAAGAGAGCAGCUCAUAGAAAAAAUAAAAACAGUAGGAUUAUCUAACAAAAAGACAGUUUUAGCAGUUUGCAAUAAGCGAGAUAACUUUAGAACAGCUUAUUUAGCAGAAACUAUUUCAUUUUUGGCAGAAUUAAGAUUUGAACACAAAAAAGAGGAAUGGGCUAUCAAAAUGGCUAAUGAAUUAAAGGAUUACGUGGAAGAUAAAAAGAUUUGCUUUGAAAAUGAUAAAGAACACAUCAGCUGGAUAUUUGGGCUUGCUGCUUUUAAAGCUAAUAAGUCAGCUAUCAUGAGACAUAUAGAAAACCGUAAAAAUUUUGACUGCGAAUUGCCAACUUUUAAGCAUUUUCUACUUGAAAAUCACUUCAGCAUGGACCCAGAUUACAAAGAAGUGAGAUUCCUCAAUCAAGAGAUAAACAAAUAUUGACAGGAUUUUGACUAUUUAAAGCAUUUUGGAAUUGAUAAGCCACUUAUCAAACAUAUUGAAUCAUCGCUCAAUAAGGAAAAUCUUGAAAUAGAAAUUGGGACAUUUUUUGACAAAAUUUGGAUACCUUUUUACAUUCCAAGCAAAAAGAUAUAGAGGUUGCCCGAUGAUGGCGCAUUGAGCGCCAUCAUCGGGCAACGCCGAAAAGGGCUCCACACGGGAAAUAGAUUCCAUGUGUGGAGCCCUUUUUGACACGUGGAGACUCCUCACUUCCACGCGCCAAAAAGGGCUCCACACGUGGAACCCAUUUCCCGUGUGAAGCCCUUUCUGGUGUUGCCCGAUGAUGGCGCAUUGAGCGCCAUAAUCGGGCAACCACUAUAGCUUUAUGGCCAGUGGCAAAAUCGGCUCUUUUAUAUCAAUCAAAUAAUGUAAGAGGAGAAUUUUUUAUGCACCGAAACCAAAUUCUUAGAAAGAUAAAAGAUUUGAAAAUCCUUACUUCCCUCCUCCGUGAGCGAACAAAGCUCGCGGAGGGGAUUAAUGUUUUUUUUAAAUUUAAAAAAAUUCUAAAUUUGCAAAAUUUAUGCUGUUUAAAAUUAAUCAGAAAUAGCUGGAGAUCUCAUUAUAAUAAUUAUCAUUUUAUAUAUCAAAAUUUUUUUGGUGGAAAAUUUUUAUUGGCUCACAGAGUAGCUUUUGGGCAAAAAAUAGCGAUUUUUCCAAUGGUUUUGCUCGCUCGCGGAGAAGUUAGUGUAGAAGAGGCUUAUAAAAUUGAUCUAAAGCAAUUUCUUAAUAUUUAA